AUGGCUCCAGCCCCUGCUCGAAACCAUGGAAUGCUCUCUGUGUUGUUCGCCGUGGUCGACAUCGUGCACACUUGGAUUGAGCGGUCAUACAACUUCCUCACCGCAAAGUCUGGAGAAGAUCAACUCAUUGACAGUUUACUGAACGCCCCUGACUAUGGCGAAUGGUGGAAUGCUGCAGUCGCGCUGGACAAACGUCCGGAGAACUACAAUUGGCGCAUCAAUCCGAUAGACGACCUUUACGAUUACAGACAUCUAGACGAGAGACGGAAAGAGCUUCAUCGGUUACGCUGCGAGGAUAAGCCUAUAGCGGUGGCCAACUACCUUCGGCAUGGGCUGCUGAGGAACCUUUUCAAUAUUACCAGAUUUCCAUUGUACGCGAAGACGUACGCUGGAACCAAGGAAAAUAUUGAGGCCUAUGUUGAGGAAAGCGUCGAGGCAAUCAAGUACAUCGCCGACUCACCUCCUGCAUCACACACUGGCGAAGGCCGUUUGACCGCUCAAGAGAAGCUCGAUGUGCUGCAUGAGUCCAACAGAACCUUUGGAAGUACAGCAUUACUGCUUCAAGGUGGUUCUAUAUUUGGGUUCUGUCACCUUGGAGUGGUGAAAGCGCUCCUGGAGCACAAAAUCUGUCCUAGGGUCAUUGUCGGCACGGCCACUGGUGCGUUGAUGGCCUCGCUUAUUGGCAUCCACACCGUCGAAGAAUUGCCAGCAUUCUUGUCUGGAGAUAGCAUUGACCUGAGUGCCUUCGCCAAAUCCUCCAUGAAGGCACAAGAGGAAAUGGAGGAGAAGCUAAGUGUCCGCGAGACUGCCCCAUCGACGACGAAGUUCCACAACUGGUAUCACACUCUUGAGCGACGUGCAUGGCGGCUGAUCGAGCAAGGCUUCUUGCUGGAUCCAGAGGUUCUUUCCGAGUGCGUCAGGGCAAAUGUCGGUGACUUGACCUUUGAAGAAGCAUACCGAAAGUCGGGCUGUGUUCUCAACAUCAUCAUCUCGUCUCCCAGCGAAGAAAUCCCGAACCUUAUGAAUUAUCUGACAGCACCAAACUACCUCGUCCGAUCGGCUGCGUUAGCAUCGCACGUCACCAACAUGGCCCGCAGUAGAGAACCGUCCAUCAAGCUGAUGUACAAAGACGGCAGUGGUACAGUGAAGACUUUGAACGUUCGUUCGCACAACACAAAAUCUGGCAAGCCGCGCCGACCUCCGUCUGCCAACGAUCGUAAGACGCCGCUCACGAGACUGAAGCAACAGUUCAAUAUCGACCACUUCAUCAUCUCACAAGCUCGGCCAUAUGUGGCACCAUUUGUGAAGCCAUCACUGCCGUAUAUUCGGCAGCAGAGGUCAUGGUUCAAGGCGUUCUCGCAUGGGCCGAGCAACUUUCUGCCUUUCGACGCUGCAGACGUUGUCAAGCACAUAAUGCUGCUCGCCGAUAUCAUCGGUGUGCUGCCUGACAGUUUGCGCCGCAUUCUGAGCGACGAGACUGUCAAAGGCGAUUCACUAACAGUUGUUCCCGAGGUACGGCUCAGAGACUGGAAACGAUUGCUCAAGAAUCCCACCAAAGAUGAGAUCGACUUUUGGAUCAUGCGAGGAGAGCGAUCCGUCUGGCCUUCACUCUGUGCGCUGAAAGUACCUCAAAUGAUGAGCGCGAUUGAGUUCGUGCUGCAAGCAUCUGGUCCCGCCCAAACGUGGUCCCGUGUCGCCUCCGAGUUGUUGUCUCCCAAAGACUAUGAUUGCUUUUACGCCUCAGUCUUUGAGGCCAAGCGACCGGAACUGAAGAGCUUGCCCUUCGCGGUGCAGCAGAAGCAGAUCAUCGUCACUUGCAACUACGAAGCCCGCCGACGAGGACUACACAAACUACAGCUCAUUCGCGAGGCGAAGCGAGUAUGCCCAGACGUUGUCAUCGAGCUUGGAGAGGACAUCAGCAGCUUUCGAGAUGCUAGCAAAGAGCUGUACAACUUCAUCAAGGCCUUUUCGUGGAACAACAAGAUUGAGAGGUUGGGGUUUGACGAGAUAUGGAUGGAUACCACCGACAUCGUGGACUACAACAUCUCCAUGCUGAACAAGAACGACCUGAACAACUCGUUCUUUCAGAUUUCAAAAGACGACCCAACUGCUGGAUUUGCAUUUGAUGCUAACGCGAUAGCUGGUCAUCCUUAUCCCGCCGACUAUGCUGCUGAAUCACUCGGUGGAGCUGUGGAUGAUUUGACCUUGCGGCUACGGCUAGGAAGCCACCUGGCCUUGCACAUACGGCAUCAGUUGGAACAGCAGAAAGGGUAUACUUCAACAGUCGGCAUUGCGACUACGAAACUGCUCUCAAAGUUAGCCGGGAACCUCAACAAGCCCAAGGGCCAGACGACUCUGAUGCCGCCCCUGCAGAGCAACAUCACCAGUUUCAUGGACGAUCAUGAGAUUGGUGAAGUCCCCGGCAUUGGCUACAAGAUGGCGCAGAGACUACGUGACUUCUACAAUAAAAGCAACAAUCAGGAGGCUGGUGUCAAUUCUUUGAACGAUGGUAUGAAGGGAAAGAUCAGCGUUGCGACUAUUCGAAACCAUCGUGAUGUCACCCCGGAAAUGUUGGAGAAACUGUUUCCUGGACCAGGAUGGCCUCACGGAAUUGGCCACAAGAUCUGGUGUCUUCUCCAUGGCGUUGAUGACAGCCAAGUAAGCGCGGCUAGACCAGUGCCGAAGCAGAUCAGCCUUGAAGACAGCUACAUACGCCUCGACAACAUCGCCGACUUACUCAGAGCAAUGACCGCACUCGCUCGCAGCUUGAUCACUCGCAUGCGCAUCGACCUGCUUGCAAGCACAGACGCUUUCGAAGCAGCUGAUCACUCCCCGGAAGACGAUGAGCAGGGAAUCGACGAGGUGAAGCAGGCUCCUGCUACAGCCCACAAGAGAUGGUUGGCACAUCCCAAAACCUUACGUUUGACAGUAAGACCGCGACUUCCUCUGCAACCAGACGGCACCCGUACGCGCUCCUUCAAACGCAAUUCCCAUUCGAUGCCUCUACCCAAUUUCAUAUUCAACCUCAACGACAGUAUAGACGCACUAGCCGAAAAGCUCGUAAGAGAAGUCUUGACAGGAAUGUUCAAGAAACUCCAACCCGAACCAGCAGGCUGGAACCUAAGCCUGGUCAAUCUUGGUGUCACGAACAUGGCAGAAGCAGCGGGUAACAGCAAGACAGCGAAGGGUAGGGACAUCUCCAACAUGUUCAGACGACAGGAAGAUGUCUUGAAGGACUUCAGAGUCACAGAUACCAGUCCGCCACCGCCUUCCGUCGCAGCUGCAACGCCUCAGCACCGCCCCAAGAAGCGGGUGCGCUUUGAUGACACGCCUACGAUCAUGCACAUUGCGGCUUUCGAGGACAAUUUGCUGGUCAGGAAGGCGGCAAGAUUUACAAAGGAGGAAGCAAAGGAGCAAGAGGUCACGUUCGCAGUGGGUCUGAAGAUAAUCUUGUACCUGACUGAGAGAGUCUAUGCCAUUAUGUUUCUCGACCCAUUCGUCAAGAUGCGGGAUACAUUUCUCUGUUUGCCUUGA